UGGGUUUUUCCACUCCCAAAAUGCACUCGACAGAGAUUGGCGAUUGAUUCAUGAAAGCUCUUCUGUUGUUUAUGCAUGCCAGAGGGAGUGAAAUACAGAAACAUCCUACUCGUACUGUGAAUAUGUUUUGAAUAGGUUUCGACGUUUGUGCUUAGUGGAUGCGGUUUCUCUAAAUAGCAUCUAGAUCUGCGGAGGCUGUAUCGUCAGACUCCAACCUAUGGUAACUAUUGUUACCAUAUGAAAAGUGUUGGUGCUUAAAGGAUGUUGUUAAUUGAUGGUUAUGUUUGUGUUUUGACCUGCGUCCAAUAUUAAGAUGAAUUGGUUGAGCUGCUUUGCAUGCAAGCAGAAAACCAUUGAAAAUGUCAAGACUCUGGAUUUCAGCCGGACUUCAAUAUCAGAGGUGCCUCCAGAGGUUUUCAACUUUGAACGAACCCUGGAGAACCUAUACCUCGAUGGAAAUAAGAUUGUUGAAUUGCCAAGAACAUUAUUUCAAUGUGAAGAGCUGAGGUACUUAGAUAUAAGUGAUAAUGAAAUUCAAUUAGUGCCAACCUUAGUCUCUAAAUUGGUUAAUUUGCAAACACUGAACAUCAGCCGCAAUUGCUUGAAGCAUUCUAAUAUUCCAGUGAACAUACAUCGGUGCCAAAAACUGACUGUUCUUGAUAUGAGCUCAAACACAUUAGAUAAGCUACCAGAAGGUUUAACCAGUUUGGUGAAUCUUCAAGAACUAUAUCUAAAUGAUACUUAUAUUGAAUUUUUACCAGCCAAUUUUGGUAGAUUGAAUAAUUUGAAGAUACUUGAACUGAGGGAUAACAAUCUAUCUGCCCUGCCAAAGUCUUUAAGACGACUUAACGCGUUGGUGCGUUUAGAUCUAAGCAAUAAUGAUUUCACAGAUAUGCCAGAGGUUAUUGCUAGUAUGGUAAACCUGAAGGAGCUUUGGUUAAAUGGGAAUUGCAUUACAUCCAUAAUCCUUGGUAUUGGCAACCUACUGGAACUGCAAGACUUUGAUGCUUCCAAAAACGAUAUUGAGACUGUGCCAAGCGAGAUUGGACGCUGUACAAAACUCACGAGUCUAAUACUAAGCCACAACCUUAUAAAAGAUUUCCCUCCUGUGUUGGAAGGAAUGAAGGUACUGCAAACACUGAAAUUAGAUUUUAACUGCCUUGAGUCUUUACCUUAUUGUAUUGGGGAUUUGGAAAGUUUGGAGGAACUUGAUGUUCAAAAUAAUCAGAUUUCCAUUAUACCAAAUUCUUUUGGGUUUUUAAGGAAAUUGAAUUAUUUCAUAGCAUCACAUAAUUUCCUUACAUUUUUACCAUCUGAAAUAGGAAGUUGCGUCUCACUGACUAUUCUAAAUUUGCACAACAAUAUGCUGAAGCGAUUACCCGACGAAAUUGGACAUCUACAAAGCUUAACUUCGCUUGGAUUAAUUGGCAACAAAUUGGAAUUUCUACCGAUUCCUAUAGCAAAUCUUCCGCUUCUACGAGCACUGUGGUUGACACAGAACCAAAGCCAUCCAUUAAUUCCAUUACAAACGGAGCAAUUAGAUCAUGGUCAAUUAGUAUUAACGUGUUUCCUGUUGCCUCAAAUACACAUUACAAACCAGGACAUGCAUAAAGUAUCACCAAACGAAGCAGUGUCGUUACCUAAGAGGCAUAUAGCCUUUUCGGAGCCAGGUUUACCUCGCGAGAUGUUGCCGAAGUUGAACAGGGCUCCUACGCCUUACCCUAAAGACUUCCAGAGGUUCCAGCGAUCUCUGAAUAAUCAGUUGCGUAAGAAUCGCGAGGGAAACGCCCAGCCGUCUCUGAAUUUGCGGAUGGACCCCGGGCAGUCGUUGAUCAAGGAAGCCAAAGUGAUGAAGAACGAGAUCAACGGGGAAUUUAACGAUUUAAAGAAUUACGGCACUCAGACGGACUUCUUACCGGAUGCUGUACCGAAUUAUGAGAACGACUUCUACAAUGUGAACAAAAAUGCUGUGAUCGAUCCUAAUAUGGAUUACUACUCAUUCAAUGACAAGAACAGUUUGGAAGGAUCAGAACAGUCGAAGCUCAGUUUAGAGCUGCAGGAGAAAUGUUUGAUGGUAACAGCAAAGCAGCCGCCGCCAUAUCACAUAGCCGCUGCCUACUCAAAGAACGCGAAGUACUUCAACAAGAUAGAGGACAUACAUCCGGAAUAUGCGGAGAAGCGGAUGGAAGAUAGCCCGAUCGAGAAACCGAAGAAAUUCACGCAGGAUUUGCAAAAGGUUUCGCAGAACAUUUCCAUAGCGCAGCCGGUCUCUAUGUACACGAAAGGUAAAUCCGAUGUAGACAACUUCUUCUUGCGUGAUCUGAACAAACGGUACAUCGACGAUGAUUCGUAUGGGCCGAAUGAGAACUAUGAGAAAAUGUAUGCCGACAAGAAGUAUUUGCAUAAUGUAAACGAGCAGCGGGUGGCAAAAAAAAUGUUGGUGGUUUUGACGCCUUGCUGCUACGUUCUGGGCUUCACAGUCACGUACAAUGAAAACGGCGUCUUUGUGAGUAAGGUCGACGAGAACGGAAAUGCUUUCCAAAAACUCUUCCCCGGCGACAAGAUUUUAAUGCUGGACAAAAUCGAUUUGACCAAGAUGGAGCCCUGGCAAGCAUACAAGACUGUUUUGAUACAAGGUCCAGAAACUGAAUCAUUUUACAUAACGCGAUACUAGUUUAUAAGUUACAACAUCAUCACCAUCUUUCCAUUAACAAACAAAAACAUUGUUAUUUCAUUUAUUUUGUGACUAUAUUUUAUUACGUACUUGUGUUCAUAGGUUUUAACUUGCAAUAUUCUUUUGUUCAUAUUUAUAUUUAAGGCUGUGAUUUAAAUGAGA